AUCAUAACGGGUUGGAAAGAAGACUGAUUAAAGGGCCAAUUGUACCUCGGCACCGCGAAGCCCAGAAAAAUAUCAGCCUAAAAGAACGGUUUGGUAGAAACGCCGCGCGGGAGACUGCUGAAAUAUGAAAUACGCUCAGUAAAGUAGUUACUGUGGAUGCACUUUGGCCGAGGGGGUCGUGUUCCGAGGGUCCCACGCCGCGGAAUACUUUUCUUUCUUUCUUGCGUUUGACCUCAGGUGUAUUAUCACUUCGUCUGGCACACCUGCACAAAGACAGCAUGUAAGCUAAGCGCUUAAGAAAUAGUGCCGUGUUUGCACAUCUGAAACGGGAGCUGCAACAAAAAUAUGGGAGGCAUUUGUUUUCCAGGUCUGAAGUGAAUCCUACUUUGGGCACAGGCGGGACGGAGGCGGAAUGACCGAGGCUGCGUUUCGCGGGGUAUGAGAGCGCGCCGCCCCGAAGAGAAGAGGGAGGACCCAAGAUGUUUGUGGAGUCUGUUGUCCGCUGGGGGUCGUGGAGCGCCCUCCUGCUCUGGGUGGGCGUGGCCACGGGCGGGACCCCGGCCAGCUCCUCCCCCUGGCCCUGCCCCCCGCGCUGCUCCUGCCACCAGGAGCGCCUGGAGGCCAACUGCUCCUCCCAGCACCUCUCGUCCGUCCCCGAGGGCUUCCCCCGCGACACCCGGCUCCUGGACCUGUCCCGGAAUCGGCUGAAGACGCUGGCCCGCCGGGGGUUCCUGGGCCUGUCCCAGCUCCGCCAGCUGGACCUGAGCGCCAACGUCCUCUCCAUGAUCGAGGUGGAGGCCUUCCAGGGGCUGCCGGGCCUCCAGACCCUGCUGCUGGGGGGCAACCGCCUGAAGAUCCUCCCCGUGGGGGCGUUCUCCGGCCUGCCGGGCCUCCGCCUGCUGGACCUGUCCCGGAACGAGAUCCUGGUCUUCCUGGACCACACCUUCCGGGAGCUGGGGGGGCUGCGGAGGCUGGAGGCCGGGGAGAACGACCUGGUGUUCGUCUCGCCCCGGGCCUUCUCGGGCCUGGCCGGCCUGGCCGAGCUGGAACUGGACCGCUGCAACCUGACCUCCGUCCCCACGGAGGCGCUGUCCCAGCUCCAGGGCCUCUGGCGGCUGCGCUUCCGGAGGCUGAGCCUGGGCGCGCUGCCCAACGACUCCUUCCGCGGGCUGGGCCGCCUGCGGGAGCUCAGCCUCUCCCAGUGCCCGCGGCUGAGCGCCCUGGCGCCCAACAGCCUGCUGGGGCUCAACCUCACCUCGCUGACCGUCGCCCGCUGCAACCUCACCUCCGUCCCCUACGCCGCCGUGCGCCACCUGGUCUACCUGCGCCACCUGGACCUCUCCCACAACCCCAUCGCCGUGGUGCGCGCCCACCUGCUGGGCGACCUGCUCCGCCUCCAGGAGCUGCACCUGGUGGGGGCGGGGCUCCUGAGGGUGGAGCCCGGGGCCUUCCGGGGCCUGGCGCGCUUCCGGCUGCUCAACGUGUCGGCCAACCGGCUGAGCACGCUGGAGGAGGCGGCCUUCCACGCGGUGGGCAGCCUGGAGACGCUGCGGCUGGACGGGAACCCGCUGGCCUGCGACUGCCGGCUGCUGUGGGUGGUGCGCCGCCGCCUCCGCCUGGACUUCGACGGGCGCCCGCCCGCCUGCCACACCCCGGUCCGGGCGCAGGGGCGGGGCUUCCGGGGCCUCUCGGAGGCGGAGCUCCCGGGCCUGUUCACCUGCCGGCCGGCCCGGAUCCUCAACCGCAAGCCGCAGGAGGCCAGGGUGGAGGAGGGCCACACGGCGCUCUUCUCCUGCCGGGCCGACGGGGACCCCGCGCCGGCCAUCUCCUGGCUCACCCCGCAGCUGGCGCCCCUCUCCCCCACGGGGCGCGUCCGCGUGCUGCCCGACGGGAGCCUGGAGGUGCGCUACGCCCAGGUGCAGGACAGCGGCACCUACCUGUGCGUGGCCGCCAACGCCGCCGGCAACCAGAGCUUCUCCGUCGGCCUCCACGUCCGCGGCUUCUCCUCUUCCUCCUCCUCCUCCUCCUUCUCUUCCUCGUCGCGCAACCGCUCCUCGGCCUUCUUCUCCGAGGGCUGGGCCCCGCCUUCGGGGAACCCCGCCCCCGCCAACGGCUCCGCCCAGGGGGCCGGCCCCUUCCCCUUCGACGGCAAGACGCUGGUGAUCGCCGUGACGAUGGGGUCCCUCUCCUUCCUCAGCUCGGUGGUCAUCUGCUUCGUCUUCAUGUUCUUCUGGAGCCGAAGCAAGGGGCAGCUCAAGCACACCGCCACCAUCGACUUCGUGCCCCGCCCCGCGGGGGGGGCCAGCCGGCAGGGCGGCGACCGCUUCGAGACGGGCAGGUUCACCAUGAAGCUCAUCUGAGAAUGUGAUUGGGCAGUGUUGGGGAGGGGGGCGGGGCUGUACCCCCUCAUUGGUUACAGUUGCGGCGCAGAACCAAGCAACUGCAGUAGAGCCAGGGGGCGUGGUUGCGAGUGUGGUCGUGGUCGCCAAGCAACGGGGCGGUGUCUCGGCGUGUCGGCAAGGUGAUUUAGGAGGACCCGUGAACGCUCCUCAAACGGUUGUGUGGGACACAAACUGAGAAAUCCUGUUAACGCCAAGCUGUGUCACCAGAGCAGUUCACUUUUGGAGUUAGAAACUGGACUUUUCAGUUUUUUUUUUUACAUGGAUAUUUCAAUGUGGCUAUGUGUCCUCUCUAAGUCACGCAGAAGUGUAACACUGGAUGUUUUUACACUAGUAUAUUUACAUUUUAGACACAUUUAC